UUCGGCAGUUAGCGUCAGCUUCGAGUUGCUUCAAUCCUAGAACCCUUCCUGUCAAGCCAGCUGGUUUGGGAAACCAAACCCAACCACCCUGAUUAUCCCUUACAGGUGGUCAGGCCUCUAACUUUCAACCAGAGAGCUGCAGAAAACGACUGGGUGAUCAUGCCCUGGAGCCUCAGUUUCCCUAUCUGUAAAACCAAUCGAUAACUCUCAUCAGUGAUAAGGACUGUUGAUUGCUGGGCACAAGCCCAGGGCUCGGAGGUGCACCCCAGCAACCUAGGCUGGCGUCCAGACGUCGGGUGGAGCGCAGCGAACUGGGCGGAGAGCCUCGAACCCGCACCCGCCGCCCUCUCCACCCUCCCGCCGGGAUCCUCCGCGCUCCGCCGAGAGGCGUGGCUGGGCCCUCAAGCCUACAGCGGCGGCCAUGGCCUCGGUGGUGGAAUACAAGGGCCUGAAGGCCGGCUACUACUGCGGCUACUGCCAGUCCAGGGAGGGCAAGGCGUCGUGCGGCUUGUGGGCACAUUCCAUGACAGUGCAGGAUUAUCAGGAUCUUAUAGACCGAGGAUGGAGAAGGAGUGGAAAAUAUGUGUACAAACCUAUUAUGAAUCAAACAUGCUGUCCUCAGUAUACAAUAAGGUGUCGUCCUUUACAGUUCCAGCCAUCAAAAUCUCACAAGAAAGUUUUGAAAAAAAUGCUGAAAUUUCUGGCUAAAGGAGAGAUUUCGAAAGGCAGUUGUGAGGAUGAGCCUAUGGAUUCCACAAUGGAGGAUGCUGUUGCUGGUGACUUUGCAUUGAUGAACAAGUUGGAUAUAAAGUGUGAUCUUAAAACACUCAGCAGUGACCUCAAAGGAAGCAUAGAGAGUGAGGAGAAGAAAGAAAAAAGUAUAAAGAAAGAAGGAUCUAAAGAAUUAAUUCACCCACAAGCUAUAGAGGAGAAGUUGGGCUCUGGUGAACCAUCACAUUCAAUCAAAGUUCAUAUUGGUCCUAAACCAGGUAAAGGGGCUGAUUUGAGUAAGCCUCCAUGUCGAAAAGCAAAGGAAAUGCGGAAAGAAAGGAAAAGGUUAAAACUCAUGCAGCAGAACUCAGCUGGAGCCUUUGAGGGUUUCCAGGCUCAAGGUCAGCCAGUAUCUUUGUUACCAAAGGCUAAAACCAACCAGCCCAAGUCACUUGAAGAUUUGAUUUUUGAGUCUUUACCAGAGAACUCAUCACACAAAUUAGAGGUGAGGGUGGUGAGAUCUUCUCCACCGAGUCCUCAGUUCAAAGCCACAUUUCAGGAGUCUUACCAGGUCUAUAAGCGUUACCAGAUGGUUAUUCACAAGGACCCACCUGAUAAACCAACUGUGAGCCAGGUGAGGCUAGUCCCUGCCUCCUUUGAGGACCCAGAGUUCAAGUCAUCCUUCAACCAGUCCUUUUCUUUAUAUGCCAAGUAUCAAGUGACCAUACACCAGGAUUCACCUAUUGAAUGUGGAAAGACUGAGUUCACAAGAUUCCUUUGCAACUCACCAUUGGAGGCAGAGCACCCUCCUAAUGGGCCGGAGUGUGGUUAUGGCUCCUUUCACCAGCAGUACUGGCUCGAUGGGAAGAUUAUUGCUGUGGGAGUGAUAGACAUUCUCCCAUACUGUGUGUCUUCUGUGUAUCUGUACUAUGAUCCUGAUUAUUCAUUUCUGUCUUUGGGUGUCUAUUCAGCAUUAAGAGAAAUUGCUUUCACUCGACAACUGCAUGAGAAAACAUCACAGCUCAGCUAUUAUUAUAUGGGUUUCUACAUCCACUCCUGUCCCAAGAUGAGAUACAAGGGUCAGUAUAGACCUUCUGAUUUGCUGUGUCCUGAGACAUAUGUGUGGGUACCCAUUGAGCAGUGCCUGCCUUCUCUUGACAACUCCAAGUACUGUCGUUUCAACCAGGACCCACAAGCAGAGGAUGAAGGGCGUUGUAAGGACCUUGACCGAGUACGGGUGUUUUAUAGACGAUCCGCCAUGCCUUUUGGUGUUUUUAAGAACCAACACAAUGACCCAAGUGAGGAGCCUGCUGUGCUGGAGUAUGCAAACCUUGUGGGGCAGAAGUGCUCGGAGAGGAUGCUUCUGUUCAGAAACUGAAGGCCUGCGCCACAGCCCAGCUCCAGCCCGGGCUCUCCUGCCACAGUCCUGCCUGUGUCUUGGCUCCCGCAGCCACUCACCAAGUACAUUCGUAGAGGUUUUUAAAAAUAUUUUGUGGAAUUGUAUUUAUGAGAAUCUUGUGGUUAAUAUAAAGAUUUUAAAAUACUCUAUGAUCUAGUCCCUUAAUUGGGACUUGUCCUUUUGGAGUUUGCUUCUGGAGCAAAGUGUGCUAAAAAUGACUCCAGUAAAUAUUUUAGGAAGGAAAGUAAAGAUGUGAAUCUAAGUAAUUUACUCACAGUUACUGUUUUUGUCUUAGAGAAAUUCUAACACAGAGACUGCUCACUUAGAACAGUGGUUCUCAACCCGUGGGUUGUGAUGCCCAUGGGGGUGGAAUAUUAGAUAGCCUGCAUAUCUGAUUCAUUACAGUUCAUAACAGUAGCAAAAUUACAGUUAUGAAGUAGCAACAAAAUAAUUCUAUGGUUGGGGGUUGCCACAACAUGAGGAAUUUUAUUAAAGAAUCACAGCAUUAGGAAGGUUGAGAACCACUGUCUAUGACCCAUGCAAAGGCAUUAGCAUAUGCUGAGAAAUUUAGGUGGGGUCAAAGGUGAAGAGCACGUUCCAUCACCUGGGAAAUUUCUUUCCCUACAAACCAAAACUCUAUUACUCUGUUCGAUACUAAAUCCUGCCAGUGUUAUUGUGUGCCAUUAAUGUACAACCUGAGAAGGAAGUGCAAGGAUUGCAAACAUCAGGUGUUCACUUUGGGUGUCUGUCCAGGAUGGUCCUGCGUAUGUCUGUUGUCUUGGCAUAAUUGUGUUCCCUGUUGCUAGUGUUCCCUUGUGCCCCCAGAGUUAGCUCAGUUUGGAUGAUAAAAUAUACAGUGACCUUAGUGGUGUUUGUUCUAUAUCUACAUAUCUAAGAAACAACAUUUUAAAGAAACUUGGUUACCCUUUGCUUGAUCUGAGGCUUAUCCAAAGAAAAUAGGUUCCUACUUUCCAUUCUCUGGAACUCAGGAUGCUCUUCUGUGGUUAGUGAUAGAAGUGAGAAGUGGUUAGCAUUUAACUAGUCCUGCAACUAUGCACAAGCCAUAGUGGAGCUUGUGGGGCCUAUAGCCUCUGCAUUCCUUUUCUGAUUCUCUGUGGGUCAGAGAACAGGCGCUGCCAUUGGUACUUUAACAUGGGAGGCUGGCCACUCUUUCACUCUUGUGCUGUUGGGCCUUUUGCCUAUUCACCAAAUGCCUGCUGUCAAGGUGGCAGGCAGCUAGCUGGUUAAAGACCACGUCAGACAUGGGAGGUGAGGCUGCUCUCAAGUGUGUUGGAAGCUGGAUGAACAUAUUAGCUUUUUGUUUGUACUCAUUCUCAGCUGGUUCCUUCUGCUGCUACCUACUUGGCCAACAAGUUUUUUUCAGCCUCAUCCUUCUUUCUUCUAUUGAUUGGUACCCUUAAAGCCAUGUUGUAUCACUUAGUUUGAGUCCCGAUACUCAUUUUAAACUUACCCAAAUGCACUACACUACACUUUAAUAAAACAUUAGAUAGUAAUCUGCAGCUACUUAGAAAAAAGGAUAAUAAGAGGUUUUAAAAAUUAGUACAUCCACAUAAACUAUAAUGUGGAGGGGGGGAUGAACUUCUUUGUGACAUGUUCUUUGCUACCAGGGAUAAAGAUGGAAGAAAGCCAUUUUCUGAUUGCUAAGGUCCUGCAUUCUUCUGGAGUUGUGACCUGCAAAAUAAUCUGAGGACGUGUAAGAGAGCCAGAUUGGAACUCUCUAGAGCAUCCCCCCUAAAGUGAGGUAGUGUUACUUUAUUUCUUUUUUAUAAAAAAUUAUUCCAAUAGUACGUUCCUGCAGUGUUUUCAGGAAAAUGGUUCACUGUCCCUGUUUCUAUACUGAUGAGCCUGCCAUAGGGUGGCUCCAGUGAGGCUGCAGAGCAACUUGGGCACGGAAAAUUCUUCAAAAUUCUUGCUGUGUUCUCCUUUCCUCUCUUCUUCCGUCCUCUCUUCCUCCCUUCCCCUCUCUUCCCUUCCUUCUCCCUCCCCUCUCCUUCUUCCCGCUGUGUUCCCCCACAGUCUAUUUUUUUAAUAGUAUGGAAUCUUAGGGAUCUAGAUGUUGUCAAAGAUACCUACUUGGGUGGGGCUGAGGCGAUAACUCAGUUCAGUGCCUGCCUGGCAAAGCUUGAAGACCUGCCUGAGUUGAGUUCUUUAGAACCAUGGGUCUGCUAGUGUGUGUUUGAAAUGCCAUCACUGGGGAAUCAGUAGAGGAACACACCUGGGGUCCACUGGCCAGUGGCCUAGCCUACUGAGUCAGCAUCAAGCUACUGAGAGACCCUGACUAAAAGAAGGUAGACUAGCCUCUACACAUGGGUUAAAAAAAAAAAAAUGCUUGCUUAUACUCUGAGCUCUUGAGCGUCUACUGCAGCUAGAAUAGUACAGUCAAGAAAAGUAUCCCAAAUUUGCAUUUUGCAAAGUCUAGCUGAAAUACCUGAUUCAGUUUCAGUGGCUUUCAUCUAAAGGAAGACGUGGAAGGAAGCCUUUCAGAGACACUUUUAUCGUCUUCAGGCAGGAAGCUAUGCAUGUUCAGUCUCCUUGCUUUAGUCCUCUUCUGAGUUCAGGUAGAUUCACACCUCCCUCGGUGCCUGACAGCACAGGUGUCAUUUUGAUUCUCAGUGUACCAUCUUUAUUUAAAUUAUUUUCAGUUCUCUGAGACUUUUGUGAUUUUUAUUACAGGUAAUCUGAGCACUUUUUAUAUUUUAAGAUAGAGGCUAUAUUAUCAGAUGAAUAUAUUCACUCAAUUGAAAUUAUUUAGAUAAAAGAAAUUAUUGUUUAUAUUUUCUUUUGAGCAGUCUUAUUUUUAUCCAUUUGCAAAUGCAUGUUUGGUGUGGUUUCUUAGCAUAUCAAAAUUAUGUCGAAGAACCUUUCCAGCUUUCCGAGCAGCAAAUACUUUGGUUUAUUAAUAUUGUAUUAUUUCAGUAUGAAUAAAAGUGAGAGAGAAUGUGAACACUUAACCAAAAUGUUUCUACUGUGGCUGACUUAAGAGAAGGAAAUAAGUGGGGACUUGAUAUGUUUGAAUUACAAAUUAUUCAAAUGUGUGUUCCUUUCUUAAGGAAAUCAACUGACAAUAUGAGUUUUAUUGUAUUGGAUAUUUUUGUUCUUGUAAAAAACAAAGCCCAAAAAAUAAUAAUAAAAAAAGCUCUUUCUAUCUGCA